AUGGCUCACGGGCCCGGCGCGCUGAUGCUCAAGUGCGUGGUGGUCGGUGACGGGGCGGUGGGCAAGACGUGCCUACUCAUGAGCUAUGCCAACGACGCCUUCCCGGAGGAGUACGUGCCCACCGUCUUCGACCACUACGCAGUCAGCGUCACCGUAGGGGGCAAGCAGUACCUCCUGGGACUCUAUGAUACAGCGGGACAGGAAGACUAUGAUCGUCUGAGGCCUUUAUCUUACCCAAUGACUGAUGUCUUCCUUAUAUGCUUCUCUGUGGUGAAUCCAGCCUCAUUUCAAAACGUGAAAGAGGAGUGGGUACCAGAACUUAAAGAAUACGCGCCAAAUGUACCCUUUUUAUUAAUAGGAACUCAGAUUGAUCUCCGAGAUGACCCCAAAACUUUAGCAAGACUGAAUGAUAUGAAGGAAAAACCUAUAUGUGUGGAGCAAGGACAGAAACUAGCAAAAGAGAUAGGUGCGUGCUGCUAUGUGGAAUGUUCAGCUUUAACACAGAAGGGAUUGAAGACUGUUUUUGAUGAGGCUAUCAUAGCCAUUUUAACUCCAAAGAAACACACAGUAAAAAAAAGAAUAGGAUCAAGAUGUAUAAACUGUUGUUUGAUUACGUGA